AUGCUCCAGGCUCAAUUUACUUCGCUUCUCAAUGCCAAUAACUUCAUUCCGUUACCGGAGACGGAUGUUCUCAGCUCUGAGAUAGACGGAUCAUUUACUGCACCGAAACAAGAGACCCUCUUCGCUCUUAUCCACCAACUGUACAGUUUAAUCACAGCAGAGUCCCAAAGUACAACCUCGGACGAGCUUAAGAAGAUCCAUCGGAAAAAGAACUUAUCGUUCUUGAAGAUCGCGUCCUACUGUCGAGCCAUAUUGCUGUCGCCCACGCUUGACGAUAACUACGAGCUAACCCACAUCUUGAAGAUCUGGGAAAUUAGGAUUUUAUGCCUGUUGUUCCUAACGGAUCCGUCAUUUUCAAAAAACCCGGUUACACACACCAUAAUACCGAAUGCUAAGUUUCUACGGACAGAAGUGAACAUUCUCAUGAAGGAGCUGAUAAGGAUAGAGGAAUCGCGACUGCGGCGCGAGAACUCGCCAAUCGACAAAAGACCAGUAGAAAUGCGAUUUCCAGAGGAGUUGGACCCAUUUUUCAAGGAGAUUCUGAGGAGGAUCAAGUACGGACCGAGUUUGGUUCUGAUCAACUACUCGUACAUGGAUCUGUUUGAGCUGAGGGGGUUUCUGGCCGAGAGCACCGACGAGAUGGAAACCAACGAUUACUUGAAGAGAAUUGAGAUUUUGGCUUAUGCAACAACAGCUACUAUGAUAGCGAGGCGGGAGAAUCUCUCUGUUUUCAACUUGCUCAUAGCCACAGCUGAGGACGCUGAACGAUGCACUGUCAGGAACGAGUUAUACAUCUCGCGAUUAUCGCUUUUGGGAUGUCUGAUCGGGUUGAUAUAUCUCUUUAAAGAGUACUCCAGCUCUACUAAGCCAGUGGUAUCUGCGAUAAGCGGAGAAGAAGACCAUGGGUUUGAGGAUUCGUGCGAUGAGUCUCCUUACUUUGCUUCUGUAAAGAAUUUAUUCAGCAAGGUUCAACUGGAGGGUCCAUUUGUUCAAUUGGCAAAGAUAAUGGGAUCUGUGCCACCAGUUUUUGAUGACGAGUCAUUCCAGACAGUGCAUUUAGAAUCUGGCGAGUUACGGUCGUUGGUGGAGUUGCAGCGUCUAAUCAAGAACCUCAAGAUUACAGGUAGAAUUUUGUGUUCUUUGUGUGCUGAAUUCGAGUUAACUUUACGGUUUGGGGAGUCUUCCGAGAUUCUAGAGAACUCAAACGACGAGCUGAGUUCAGCCCUACAAAUUCUGAAUAAGGUCUGGUGGAAUGGAAAUGUGAGUAAGGUCUAUGGCUUCGAAUAA